AUGUACUAUGGAAUCAGCGAAUUUGGUGAUGCCUACAACAAGAUAUUAAGGAAUUCAUCAUCUCAUUCAUCAUGUCAAUUAGUCAUUUUUGUUUCUUGCCUUAACAUUGAUGCAUUAUGUGCAACGAAAAUGCUGUCAUUAUUGUUUAAAAAGCAAUUGAUUCAAUCUCAAAUGGUACCGAUCUUCGGGUAUUCUGAAUUACGACGCCAUUACUCACAAUUAGAUGACAACAUAAAUAGUCUACUAUUAGUGGGAUUUGGAGGAGUCAUCGAUUUAGAAGCCUUCUUAGAAAUUGAUCCAGAGGAGUAUGUGCUUGAUACGGACGAAAAAACCGGGGAGAAAAGCUAUAGGAGAGAUAUUUAUGUACUGGACGCUCACAGACCGUGGAAUCUUGAUAACAUAUUUGGAUCACAGAUCAUCCAAUGUUUUGAUGACGGCACCGUAGAUGACACACUAGGUGAACAAAAGGCAGCGUACUACAAGUUACUAGAGCUAGAUCAACACAGUGAUAGUGAUGUACUCUCAGAUGAUGACGACAAUGACGGCGGCGAAGAGGAAGCAACUGAUGCCGAUGAGGCUACAGACGAGGAUGAAGAAGAGGAACACAGUGGUAUAGCACCUAAUAAAAGAAGUAAUUCGACAAUAGGUCCGAAUAAUCUUUCAAAGAGAAAGCAACGGAAGAAGCAAAUUCAUGAAUAUGAGGGUGUGUUGGAGGAAUAUUAUUCUCAAGGCACCACAGUGGUUAAUUCAAUAUCGGCACAAAUCUAUUCACUAUUUUCCUCAAUUGGGGAAACAAAUCUCUCGAACCUGUGGCUGAACAUCCUUGGUACGACUUCGUUGGACAUCGCUUACGCUCAAGUUUAUAACCGAUUAUAUCCCAUAUUACAGGAUGAAGUAAAACGUUUAACACCAAGCAACAGGAACUCAGUAAAGACUCCUGACACGUUGUCAUUGAACAUUCAACCUGACUACUAUCUUUUCUUGCUAAGACAUUCUUCAUUAUACGAUAGCUUUUAUUAUUCCAAUUACGUUAAUGCUAAAUUGUCCUUAUGGAAUGAAAAUGGGAAGAAGAGGUUACACAAAAUGUUUGCUAGGAUGGGUAUACCAUUGAGCACAGCGCAGGAGACGUGGCUGUAUAUGGACCAUUCCAUUAAGAGAGAACUCGGAGUAAUAUUCGACAAAAAUUUAGACCGUUAUGGAUUGCAAGAUAUAAUUAGAGAUGGAUUUGUUAGAACCCUGGGAUAUCGUGGGUCCAUAAGCGCUAGUGAAUUUGUAGAGGCUCUUACGGCUCUGUUGGAAGUGGGCAAUUCAGCUGAUAGAGAUAAUGUCAACAUAAGUGGUAAAAAUGACGAAGACACUGAUGGGGAAGACGAAGAAGGUGACAAUGUUCAAAAAUUGACGAAUCUGAAAAAAAAAUGGGUUUCAAAUUUCUGGCUGAGUUGGGAUGCUCUAGACGACAGAAAAGUAGAACUAUUAAACCGUGGUAUCCAAUUAGCGCAAGAUUUACAAAGAGCUAUUUUCAAUACAGGCGUUGCCAUAUUAGAAAAAAAACUAAUAAAGCAUUUAAGAAUUUAUAGAUUAUGCGUCCUGCAAGAUGGGCCGGACCUGGAUUUAUACAGAAAUCCAUUGACGUUACUAAGGUUGGGCAAUUGGCUCAUAGAAUGCUGCGCUGAGUCUGAGGACAAACAAUUACUACCCAUGGUCCUUGCCAGCAUAGACGAAGGUACGGACACGUAUUUAGUUGCCGGGUUAACGCCUAGAUAUCCCCGUGGAUUGGACACAAUACACACGAAGAAACCAAUACUGAACAACUUCAGUAUGGCGUUUCAACAAAUAACGGCAGAAACUGAUGCUAAAGUGAGAAUAGAUAAUUUCGAAAGUUCGAUAAUAGAAAUUCGCCGCGAGGAUCUGUCGCCGUUCCUAGAGAAACUCACUUUAAGUGGAUUGUUAUAA